AUGAGACAAGUAGAUGAAUUUAAUUGCUAUGCUGUGAAGAUUUACGGUGGAAUGCGAUCCAUCACGACUCCGAGCCCAUCCCGAUGGUAUGCCCCUCCUGCUGGAGCUAUCAAAUUGAACACAGAUGCCAGCUUGGCCGAUGAAGGUUGGGUGGGACUUGGCGUGGUAGCCCGCGAUUCGGAAGGUAAGGUGUGCUUUGCUGCAGCUAGACGUGUGCGCGCCUUCUGGCCUCCCGAGGUAGCUGAAUGUAAGGCCAUUUAUAUGGCAACCCGCUUGGCCAAAGCUCAUGGGUAUAGGGAUGUGAUUUUCGAGUCCGACUCUCUAGUAGCUACGAAAAGAUUGACAAAAGCAGCAAUUUUCUUAUCAGACUUGGAUGCAAUACUUGGGGACAUUCUUUCUAUGUGUAAUGCCUUUUCUUCUGUUUCUUUUUCUCAUGUUAGAAGGGAUGGGAAUUCUGUUGCCCAUAACCUUGCUAGAGUAGUGCCGUUUGGUGUUGAGCAGUGUUGGGAGCGUCAUUGCCCUAGUGUUGUCACACCUUAUGUAUUUAUGGACACUUUGUCCCUUUGA